UUUUAUUUUUUAUUUUUAUUUUUUUUUUCGUGCAAAUAUACUUAAACACCACCGCGUAGACCGCGGAUGGUUAUUAUGUCGUCAUUUUUCUGGGGACUUAUCGCUGCUUUAGCGGGUAAUUCAAUUAUCGGCUUAGGCAAUUGUCUACAAAAGUAUGCACUAACGCGUGGUGCGGCGCUAUCUACAUCACGUCUUAGGCAAGAUCAAGAAGAUCAAGAUACAAACAACUCUGAUACCAAAUUUUUAUUAUCAAAUCGUUCUCAGCCACUUCUACCAACUGCUUCACCCACUGCUCCUGGAUCUUAUUCAAGGUUCAAAGAUCGAACAUGGUUUAUGGGAAUUUCUUUAGUUUAUCUAGGCGAGCUAUGCGGAAAUUGGGUUGCUCUUUCUCUUAUGCCCGCGUCGGUUGUUACUCCUCUUGGAAUUCUGGGAGUGGUUGUGAAUGCUAUACUUGCAAAGUUUUUGUUAGAUGAACUAAUCAGCUUUCGUCAAAUCAAAGGUUAUAUAUGGAUUCUUUCUGGUGUACUUACAACGAUUCUAUUUUCUGCAACAACUUCGGAAAGUAAUAUUGAAAACCGUUUAACAACGACCUCAAAAUUGUUCGCAUAUAUGGCUCGAUUACAUGUAAUUCUGUGGCUGUUUUCAAUACUUGUGAUUCAAUGUAUCUUAAUUGUAAUGGUACGCGCCAGAAAGGGAAAUUCAUCCUUGGUUCUCUAUGUAAUCAUGACUGCAGGGUUUGGAUCACUGACUGUAGUAGCAUCUAAAUUUUUAGCACUUCUACUAAAAGUCUGGGUGUUUGCUCCUUUUAAACCAAAAUUGGGUGAUGAAACUAGCUCAAUACUUGCUUUGAUAUUUUCUCUUUUAGUAAUAAUAAUUAUACUCAUUAUUGGUAUAAUAGGCCAAGAAACUUGUAAACAGUUAGCAUUAAAUAAGUAUCGAGUCACGCAGUUUCAACCAAUGUUCUAUGCAUCACAUGUAACGUUUGUAGCUUUAAGUGGUAUGAUUGUAUUUGAAGAAGUUGGAGCAUGGUGGUCUGUUGUUGGUUUUUGCCUUGGGAUCAUAGCAAUUGUUAGGGGUGCAUUGCUCUUGUUGCAUUCCAAUGUUGAAGAGAAAAUUGUAAAACAAAUUAAGAAAGCUAAGGAAAAAAGUCUCGAUUGACUAUAUGGUAGAGCCAAUAAAAAAGUUCACGACAAUGAUGUAAACAGUUGUACUGAUGAAGAAAUAAUAAUGCCCAUCGAAACAGAUUCUUUGUUCCCAGAAACUCGACAAAAUUCUACUGGAGAUAUUAAUUCAAGACAUUACGGUGCUAUCACGUGAAAUUAAUUCUACAAUUAUUUUUUAGGGCAACUGAACAAAAAAAAGAUUACUUGAGUACCAAGCUAUAGUAGCAAAACUAGAAUAGACUUAAUAUUUAUAAAAAUUUUAAUUUAAAUAAUUGUUUAAAUAAUUAAGUGUAAAGAAUAAUAUAAUCAAAAUUAUUUAUUAUUAUUAUUAUUAUUUUGUUUUUUUUUUGCAAAUGAUUUUUUCUAU